AUGUUGGUUGCUGUUGAUCACGGGGACAUCUCUGUGGCGGCGGACAGCGAGUCGGACCUGCGCCCGCUGGACUCGGGCAGCUGCAGCACUCUGGCCUCGUCCGUCAUCGAGGUCGAGACGGAACUCAACCAGGACUUAGACCGGGACUUGGACCCAACAAAUCCAGACCAAAGCCAAGACCAGAAGAAUCCAGAGCACGAACAGUCCCACCCCCCCCAACACCAGCCCCACCCCCCCAAACCACCCCCACCCCCCAACACCAGCCCCACCCCCCAACAACCAGCCCCACCCCCCAACACCAGCCCCACCCCCCAACCCAGCCCCCCCCCCCCAACAACCAGCCCCACCCCCCCAACACCAGCCCCACCCCCCAACCAGCCCACCCCACCCCCCAACACCAGCCCCACCCCCCCCCACCUCCCCCCCCAACACCAGCCCCACCCCCCAACAACCAGCCCCCCCCCCCCAACAACCAGCCCCCCAACACCAGGCCCCACCCCCCCAACACCAGCCCCACCCCCCACACCAGCCCACCCCCCCAACAACCAGCCCACCCCCCCCAACACCAGCCCACCCCCCAACCCCCAACCCCACCAGCCCACCUCCCACCAGCCCCACCCCCCCCAACAACCAGCCCCACCCCCAACACCAGCCCACCCCCCCAACCAGCCCCACCCCCCAACUCCAGCCCCACCCCCCCAACAACCAGCCCACCCUCCACAAAACCCCACCCCCUCCACAACCAGAACUGAGUUACAAAUGAACCAAAACAAAACCGGAUGCUCAAACUUCACCUGCCCCCUGCCUCCCAUGGCCUCGCCAGGCAGCCCCAAACCGCCACCCACGACGCACCAGGAGGAGAAACCCACGAUGCACCAGGACACUUUACCCACGAUGCACCUGGAGGACACACCUGCAGCUGCAACCGAGCCGGAGAAUCCACCGACGACGCACCAGGAGCAGACGGAAACCGAGAAAACGAACGAGGAGGACGUGGAGCAAAACGGCGACCAGCGCGAAACUAAACCCGAAAACGCCGCUGUUUUCGAAGAAGAAGAAUCUCCUGUUGGACAAACGAUCCAAGAGACGAUUCCAGAAAGCGCUGACGAUAAAAUUUGCGAAGAAACGAAAAGUUCAGAGGCGAAAACUGAAGUAGAAAAGUUGAACAAAGACGCUGAGAGGUGUUUGGUCGACGAGGAGCCGAAAGUACGACGGAGGGACGGAUUAACGCGAGGUUCCACGCGGCGAAAACGCGACAAAAAGAUCAUCGAGAAAAUACGGAGCUACUACGAAGCUGCCGCGGAAGCCGAGGACAACGGAGGGUCGGCGGAGGAGGAAGAGAAUUCCGCGGCGAUUUUUGGCGAAAACGCAGAGGUUUCUAAAAUGUCCACCGAAGAGGAGAAAGAAGAACGUGACGUGACGCAAAACGGAGGAGAGGUUUGUCCGGAUGUCCGCGGCGAAGUCGAGGAAAGAUCGCGAAAAGAAAGUGAACGAAAAGAAGACGAAAGUGUGUCGGCGCGAAAACCUGAGCCCAAAAACAUAAGCGGCGAUUCGGGCGUUUGUAAAAAAGAUGCAAAACCGAAAGAGGAGGAGGGGAAAGGCGCGGCGAAGGCGGGGAAAGCCGGACCGUGGUCGCGGCACUCGCGGAUCGUGUCGGCGAACCGCGCUCUCUUCGAGGGAAUGGCGUCGGACGUGGAGAGGAUGGGGCUGUUCGAGGCCAGCCCCGUCGUCGAUCCCGUCCUCCUGGAAAACUCGGAGCGGAUUUUAAACAAAGUCCAGACCAGCAGAGGAGGAACUUCGACGGCCGGGGCUGGGCGCGGGGGCGGCGUGGCGGGCGCCGGGGCGGGGGCGGCCGGGGCGGGGGCGGGGCCGGCGAGGGGAAACGGCCAAUCGCAGAGCGGGAAAACGGCGGCGAACGAGAAGAGGAGCUUCAUACGAGCGGACGAGAGGCCGGCCCAGACCAAGAACCAAACCAGGACUCAAAGUAGGACCUUUCAAAGUCCAGGAUCAAGACCGGACCAGAGCAGAGUCCAAGAGCGAGAGAAGAGGACAGACACGGACUGUGUUGUUGUUGAUCAUGUGACCGUCGCUGAGCCGCUCUCGUCCAAUGGCGUCGCUCCGUCCACGUCACAUGACCUCCUCUCGGCCUCCGGGUCCGGGGGGCGUCCGGGCCCGAGUCUCACCCAGGACCAGAGCCCCGAUCUGGGCCACAGCUCCUCCGACGGCCCCCUGAAGACCUCCAGACCUCCACAAGAGACGGAGUCCGCGGCCUCAGGUGAAUCCCGUCGUGUUGACAUCGUUUCCACCUUGUCCCAUGACUCAGAAACAGGAGAAGCGCGUGAGGCCGGAGCCGAGGACCCGCUGCCCCCGAGCCCCGACCCUCCUCCUCUUCCCCGGGACGACGCUCCGCAGCUGGGGAACGCCGGCCCGGACCUCCCCCCGCGGCGCCCCGGAGCUCCAGAGACUCCAGAAACGGCUCCCAAAACGAUCCCAGGCCACAUCAGCGAGACAUCUGGAGCCGGUCGUGAGGACGAGGGGGCGGGCGCAGCCGGGACGCCGGUUCAAUUCCCACAGAUUAAAGCCGACAAACAAAAUAGCGAUGAUGUGAUGGUCGGAACGCGAGCCAAAGAAGGAAAUGUUCAUCCUGAGAACCACACUCCCGCUGUCACACACCCAGGGUUUUCCCGGCAACAACCCGAGUUUAAAGCACUUUACGUGGGGUACAAAAGCAGGGACGCCCCCCCGAGUCGCGGAGGUCCGGAGCCGACGUCCGAGAAAGCCCAGAAACACGCUCCGAUCCCGGGGCACAAAAGCCGAGACGUUCCCCCCGCGGAUUCUGGAGCUCAGCAGAACAGGUCCCCCCCAGGGUCCGCACAAGCACAAGCCCAGAAACACGCGCCGAACCUGGGACCCGAGCGCCGAGACGUGGCCCCCCCCUCCGCGUCGGGCUCCGGAGCUCCGACCGCGCCCGAGCCGAAAGCCCCGCCCGCGCCGCCGUCCUGCGCCUGGACGACGACGACGGUUCAAAGCCCGGUUUGGACCAAAGACCCCCUGCCCACGUUCACAAACCAGAGACCGACCGACCUGCCCCGAGCCCAGACCAGGACCGGGACCAGGACCAGCACCGGCACCGGCCCCGAACCGCACAGGGAGCAGAGACUCGCCGGAGCGUCGCCGCGUCCGUCUUCUCGGUCGGGUUUGGAGUCGCCCUCGCUCGCCGCUCUGCUCCCGCCCGCCGGCCCCAGCUCCUCCUCGGCCUUCAGACCAAACCUCCACCAGCGCCCGCCGUCUCCGAUCUUCUCGCCGCCCGAAAACCCGACCCACCACGACCCGAGACCGCCCAACGCCACGCCGAGAGCCCCCAGGCCGCCGCCGCCGCCGCCCUCCUCCGUCUUCACGCGCUCGCUCGCCGCCUCCUGCAUCAGUCAGUCCAUCAGCCAGUCCAUCGCCAAGAAGAUGACGGAAAAAUCCAAUCCGGCGCCGCUCCCUUCCACUUUGCAUUUACGACAACGUUCCCCUUCGCCAAAACUCCCCACGGAAUCGACCCAGCAACCCAAGUCCUUCCUGUGGUCGCCGCAGUCUUUAGUGAACCAUCCUGCACGGCAAAAUACCACGAACCCCCACGGCAACGCCAACAACAACAACGCCAACGUGGGAGGCGGCGUUUCCAGCCCACACGCCGCCCACUGGGCAGCCAACGCCAACGCCAACGCCAACGCCAGCGCCAGCGCCAACGCCAACGCCAGCGCCAGCGCCGAGCUCGCGCACGAUUCUUCCUGGUCGAACUCGCACAACCGCGUGGCGCGACCCUUCUGCACGUCCGAGCCCAACUCACGAGUCCAGUCGCCGACGUCCUUUCACCACUCGGCGCCGCAGCACGAUUUUCAUUCACCGUUGGCGAACAAACCGCCCAAUCCGCGUCGCCCGGGAAGCUCCCACAAUCCCCUGGGGCUGACGCUGGACAUAAACAGAGCGGCGUCCGUGAGUUCGAGUCUGAGUCCGCGGGUCACGUCUCCUCCUCCCAUUGGCUCUUCGCUGAACGCUUGGACCAAUCACAUCGCGGCGCCGCAACCACGGAACCCUCGUGGGUUCUCGCCGUGUCCUUCGCCGACCUCAGCGUAUCCCAGUUCUUUACGGAACUCGCGCUCGUCCUCUCCGUCGCCGCCCUUUUCCCCGCCGUCCCAGUCCAGCCUGCGGCGCUCGCACUCCACCACGUUGGCCGACAGACCGCCCAGCCCGGCGAGGACCCACGCGGGCGGCGCGCGGCGCUCCUGGGUCGAGACCAGCCGCAGGUCCCUCACUUUCCACGGACCCUUCGACCAGCCCGAGCCGAGCUUCCACGGCCCCCGCAGCGGCUUCUCGUCGCCCGCUCUGGCCUGUCUGAGCCCCAGGACCGCGCUCCCGUCGCCCGUGUCGCCCCUGUCGCCCGGCAGGUGCAGCCCGGGCAGGAGCGCCUUUACCGGGCAGCAGUUCGGCGGCGUUCCCUGGUCCGACGAGAUUUCCCGGAGCUUCGGUCACGAUUUGAAGUGGAGCGAGCCGUCGCUCCCGGACUGGGGCGACGCGCAGGUGGAAGACGGGACCUGCCGCAGCCAGAUCAUCUGCGCUUACGUCGCUCGCCCGCCGCGGCCGUCGAACCAUCAACCCCAACCCGCGCCGCUGGCCCCGCCCUCCGCCGCCAAACCGCCCAAUCAGAAGAUGAGCUACGCCACCACGGUGAACCUGCAGAUCGCCGGCAGCGGGCGGAUCAAGGCCUUCAGCACAGCGCAGGUCAGUCUGACGCAGACGCUGCAGCACGGAGCGUCGCCACAGGGGGCGCUGGCGAGGAGGGUGAGUGUGCACGGAGCGCCGCCCUGACCCGACCCCUGACCCGACUCCUGACCCGACCGACUCCUGA